AUGUCAAAUGAAGAUCAACCAAAAUGUCCAGUAGAUCAUUCUACAAGGCAGUCCUGGCUAUCUAGUCUAAUAUGGAGUAAGAAAGAAGAACCACAGCUAGUACCAAAACAUCUCGAAAAGAAUUCAUCAAAUCCACAAAUACAACAUCAUCAAGAUCAACCUGUUUGUCCUGUAAAUCAUGAAACAAGAUCAGCAUGGUUAGAAAAAGUCUCAGUAACGAUUCCAGAAGAUAUAGAAACAUCCAUAAACAAUACUUCAAUCAAUAGCAAUCCCUCAUCUACUACAAAACCAACUAAAACAUGUGAUUCAAAUGAUAUACAAAAUACAUUGCAAGAUACAACAAAAACAAAUAUAAAUUUACCAAUAGAAAGAGAAAUAAGUAGUAUACCAAGAACUUCAUCAAAUUCAAAUUGGAUAUAUCCAAGUGAAAAACAAUUUUUUGAGGCAAUGGUUAGAAAAAAUUGGAAUCCAAAUUCCAAUGAUAUGAAAGUUAUUGUACCUAUACAUAAUUUAGUAAAUGAAAGAUGUUGGAAACAUAUAAUGAUAUGGGAAGGUAACAACUAUAAAAAAGCUAUGGAGGAAUGUGGUGGUAUUACAUUAACUUCAUUUAAAGGAGAUUCUAAAAAAUUAACUCCAAGAGCUUGGUUUAAAACACAACUAUUAGGACAUAAUGGUCCUUUUGAUAGACAUGAUUGGAUUAUAAAUAGAUGUGGUAAAGAAAUUGAAUAUGUUAUUGAUUUUUAUAAUGGUGAAAAUAAUCAAGUUAUGUUAGAUGUUAGACCUAAAUUAAAUAGUUUUGAAGGUUUUAAAUUAAGAAUUGGAAGAGCUUUAGGAAUAAAUUAG